GCUACUCCAACCCCAUUAAAAGUCUCGUGAAUAGCACCCACACCGUUUACCUAUCUAACCAGUUCUUUAUAAUCAUCUCCUCAAAUCGUCUUAAAAUUCAUCAAGCCAUGCUGGCCAUCUUUGUUAUAUUUCUCUUCAUUCCGUCUUCCUUCUCUUCUGAUCACCCACCCCUGACCUAUGCAUGCCACUCAGAAAAAGGACCUAAAUGUAAGAAGCUUCCCUUUGUUCCAGGACACACCCUUCUGGGAGCAGGUUUUGACAUUGCAACAAUGAAGAAGGCCAGUGCUUCUGUCUUAGAUCUUCAAGCUUACCAAUCAAAAGAUAAGACAUGCACCGUAUGCAAAAACCCUUACCAAAAAAUGGCUUUGCAGAAGUUGCCAGUAGCUAUGACUGACUGGAUGCCAUAUUCUUCCUGCACACGAAAGGUGACCAGUGAGGUCUCCCGAUCCUCUGUUUCAUUGGCUGAAGAAUUAGAGUCCUCGGUGAAGAAUGAUUGGGAGGCCGGGCUGGGAAUCGAGCAUGGACCAGCCAAUGCUAAAGUGGUGUUGGCUGGAUCUCAGUCGGCUGUUAACAAAUUCACUGAAGGAAAAACCAGCUCUGAUCGGUAUAGCUUUAUCAAGCAACAGCUCAGAUGUAUCUAUUACAGUUUCCGAGUGCAACCAAAGCCUUUAUUGAGCCAACAUUUUAAGGAGCCUCUAAAGUCCCUGCCAGAAUCCUACAGCACAAAGACAAAACCAGAGUACCGUCAAUUUGUUCAAACCUUCGGCACCCAUUAUAUCAGCCAGGCAGAUGUAGGAGGAGAGACAAUAGAGGUCACAGCAAUCAAGACCUGCCAGACCGCUUUAGAUGGAGUUUCAGUGGAUGAGUUAAAGGACUGUCUGAACCUUGAGUCCUCUGCUGCAGUUACUGGGAAGAUGGAAGCAAAUGCCAAGGCCAGUGCUUGCAAAGAACUGAGCGAGAAAACGACUCACAGCAAAGGUUUCCACCAAACCUUUAAUGAGAGAGUUUGGCAGGUAACAGGUGGAAAGGUGACCUUCGACCUUCUUUCUACUGAUGGUAAGAACGAUAAUGGAGCAGCUACAUUUGAUGCCUGGAUGGAGAGCCUUAAAACAGACCCUGAUAUUGUUACCUACUCAUUAGAGCCACUGCAUAAUCUUGUACGUUUUGAAGGUCCAGUAAAGGAGAACCUGAGGAAGGCCAUCAGCGAGUACAUCUUGGAGAAUGCUCUUAGGAAGAAUUGUUCUUGUUCAGGAGGCUCUCAGUCAAGUGUAGGCGCCAAGUGCACCUGUUUUUGUCCCAGCAGUAAUGCUAUUAGUGCUAACUGCUGCCCAACUAAAAAAGGACUUGCCAAGCUGGUCUUGACUGUCAAAAAUGCUGAAGGUCUUUGGGGUGACUAUAUAAGUAGAACGGAUGCAUAUGUGAAAAUAAGUUACGAUACCAAACAAGAAACCACUCAAACCAUAUGGAACAAUGAUAAUCCACGGUGGAAUAUGAGAUCUGACUUAGGCAUUGUGGAGCUCAAUCCCCGUAAUACAUUAAAGAUAGAGGUUUGGGAUGAAGAUCACAAGUAUGAUGAUGACCUCCUUGGCAGAUGUAACAGACCCCUAACCAGUGGAGAGAAAACUGAAGUAUGUUAUUUAAAUCACGGAAGUCUUACUUAUAAAGUGGAAGUUCGAUGCUUGCCACAUCUUGCUGGAGAGGAUUGCCAGGCAUAUGCAUCGGCUCCCUAGCAUCGUGUGACCCACCCAUGUUGCCUGUCAAUGUAGUUUGCCCUUGUAUCAAGCUGACCAUUGA